CGUCGCGUCUAUCGCCCUACAACCCACCGUUACCAUCUAUAUCUCAUCGAUUUCCAUCUCUUUUCAUCCUACUUGAACUUUAGACAACAUGUCUGGACGUAAGUACUUUCCUGUUCUUCUCCUUUAGUCUUCGAAAACUCUCUCAGCGUCGUCGGCAUCCAAGUUGAUGAUGCGCCCCUGGGGCACGUGAUGUCAUGUUAUGGCCUGAGGCAGACAGUGCCUUGUAUCCAAUAUCCCAUCCGCCCUCUGGCUUUCUGCGGUAAAGGUGGUAAGGGUCUCGGGAAAGGUGGCGCCAAGCGUCACCGCAAGAUCUUGCGUGACAACAUCCAGGGUAUCACCAAGCCCGCCAUCCGUCGUCUCGCUCGCCGUGGUGGUGUCAAGCGUAUCUCCGCCAUGAUCUAUGAGGAGACCCGUGGUGUCCUUAAAUCCUUCCUCGAGUCUGUUAUUCGUGAUGCCGUUACCUACACCGAGCACGCCAAGCGUAAGACCGUCACCUCGCUGGACGUGGUCUACGCCCUCAAGCGCCAAGGCCGCACCCUCUACGGUUUCGGUGGCUAAAUGCCCGACCUUCGAUUUCUUUUUGUUUUGUUCCUCGUCCGACGUUUAAUGGCGGUUGUCGCCACACGACCGAUUCUCGCUGGCUCGAAUGGACGGAGGUGCUGAGC